AUAAGUCUUAGGUUCAUCACACUCAAGGGAUUCAAACACAUGAAAAGCAAACUCAGACAUAUUAUAGUCAUCAACAUAUCUCGCACGUUUGCUAAUGGUUCUUGUAUUUCUAUCCCUAGCAAGUUGAUAGUCAUGCAAAUCAUUUUCAACAUGUGAUUCUACACUAUCAUGCUCCACCUCAUUAGGAAUAGUCUCAUCUUCAUUAGUGUGUGAAUCAUGGUUCAUAUCAACAUGUUCAUUAGUUUCUACAUGCACAUCAGUAGGAAUGAUAACAGGAAAUUGCUCCACCUCAUUUGGAGCCACAUUUUCAACAUUGGGAAUCGGCAAGGACAAACAAGGAAAAUUAUUUUCAUUGAAAACAACAUUCCCGUUCAGCUUUGCACACAUAUAAAUUAUUUUUCUUUUCAGCUUUGAAAACAAAAACUGAAACCUUCAUGAUUUUCAUAACACCUUUUCCCCAUUUUCCCUCAAAACCCUCAUUUUAAAGAAAUGCACAAGAAAGCAAAUUAUAAGACAAAUCAGGCACAUGUCUAACAUUCUUUAAGUUCACAAUAGAUCCAAAACUAAAUUUAAGACACAUGUCUCCAAUUCCAAAAACUUUGCAUUUCUUUUCAUUAGCCAUGAACACAAUAGCAUUAUCAAUCUCUUGAUAGUUUGAAAAAAGGUUUUUAAAUGGUGACAUAUGAAAGGUGCAACAAGAAUCAACUAGCCAAUCAGAUUCACAAAGAUAAUCAGAUAGCAUAGAGUUUGAAUAAGCGUAAUCUUUGAUCAUUAACACAUCACCAAAGUUGUUUGAUUCACUAGCCAUAUUAGCAUGAUCUUUUUGCUGAAUUUUCUUAGGCUUAGAACAACUAUUACUGAGGUGACCAUAUUCAUUGCAAUUGUAGCAUUUUCUUGUUUUAGAUUUGGAUCUAGACUUACCCAUUCUCAGGUUGAAUCUUCUCACAUUUGAGUUAUCAUUGUUAGCAUGUUUAUGGCUUUGAAACUUAUUCAAAGAAUUUUUAUCACUCUUAGAAUUUUUCAACUCUAAUUCUUUACUCUUGAGACCAUUCACAACAACAUCAAGAGAAAUAUUAUCCCUACCAUAUUUAAUUGCAGAUUUGACAUCACUGUAGGAAUCAGGAAUAGCAUUCAAAAGAGCAAUAGGGGUGUAGUCGUCAAUAUGUUUUAUCACCGGUUAAUUUAAUAUCAGAAAUCAGUUUGGUGAAAAUAUCUAGAUUUUCUUCUAUGUCUUUAGACAUAUCCAAUCCAAACUUGAAAAAUUUUUCAAGUAAGAAAAUCUUGUUUGGCAAAGAAGUUUUUGUAUAAAGUUCAUCAAAUUUAUUCCAAAUAUCUUUAGCACAUUCCAAAAUACCAACUUUUCUGAUCACACAGUCAGUAAAGUUUAAAUAAACUAUGGAACAAGCAAUUUCAUUCAUUUCAACUCUUUUCUCUUUAGCGUCUGUUUCUAGAUAUAAAUCGCUAACAGCCCUAUAAACUUUUUGAUGAACAAGAACACACUUCAAUUUUUGUUUCCAAAUACUAAAAUCAGUUUUUCCAUUAAAAGGAGUCAAAGCAUACUGAUUCAUAGUAGACAUAUCCACACAGGAAAAAAAUAAUCAAAAAAUCACCACAAAGGAGAAAAAAACCCACAAAAGAGAAUAAAAACUGAAAAAAAUCAGCAACACAGAGGCACAUAGAAUUUGUCCUAAAUUUUCCAAAUUUGGCUCACGUGUGUCAAGCAAUCGCACGAACAACCCAAGAUUAUUAUGUUAGCAAAAAAUUGCUUACUCAAUCCCGUUGUUCUUUCACACGAGCACAAACUAUAGUGGAAUUAGGUAAUCAGAAAUAAUGCAGCAGAAUUAAACAACCCUAAAAAAAUUGCUACGAAAGCAAGGGAUAAAGAGUUGUGUACCUGGGCGAAUCUAAUGCCUAGAUUCGACUUACCAACUCCACAGAGGAAGAAUGGAGAUGAGCUUGAGCAGUCUCUGGAGUAGCUCUGCCUCUGCCCGAUGCUGAGGUUCUGCGCUCACCGGAGCACGUCAGAGUCUGCUUCGUGAAGCUCUCUCGCCGUUCGUCGGUCGCCUUCCGUUUUCCGUCGAAGGACGCUAGCGAUGGUCGCAAUCGAUCCCAGGUCUGAAUAAUGAGCAGUGGAGUCGACAGUCCACAGGUUCCUCUCUCAAUUCGACCCACUGGACUCUCUCUCUUCUUGUUUUGUUCCUUUUUUUUGAGUGAUCUUCAACCUCUCAUGUUCUUGGAGAUUGAACGUCCGAAGUUGUUCAACCAUUGCCCGACCGAUUUCGUCGCGGGAAGAAGCGGAAACAGAGGCGGACCCUCCCGAACCAGAGGCAAUGGAUUUUGCCUUCUUUCAUCCGAUCGGCCGUGGAAUGGGGUCCUCGUCAUCAGAAUCCGCAACGUUGAAGGGAGGGAUUUGAUCGGUAGAACCGAUAGUCUCGUCGACCUCAACCUCGACGUCGACGGUGGAUCUUUUCCGGAACGAUCCACCGUCGGGAUUGUUGAGUUGUUGCCACUUCGGGGAACGACUCAAAAUACUCCAAAGAUCGAUGGGCACCUUGCCUUGGUGCCCGUCGUCUUGAUAUCGGGUCGUGGCAAGCUGGAGAACAUCGCCAUCGUUCGUGCCGCUCCUCCGGGACCGGGAGCAUUCCUCGUAAACUCCGAUAAACUUUCGGACUUUUUUGUUGAUGUGGCUCUAUUUGGAAGUGAGUUGGUCCCGGGUUCGCUUCAACCUCUCUUGUUCUUGGAGAUUGAACAUCCGAAGUUGUUCAACCAUUGCCCGGCCGAUUUCGUCACGGGAAGAAGCGGAAACAGAGGCGGACCCUCCCGAACCAGAGGCAAUGGAUUUUGCCUUCUUUCAUCCGAUCGGCCGUGGAAUGGGGUCCUCGUCAUCGGAAUCCGCAACGUUGAAGGGAGGGAUUUGAUGGGUAGAACCGAUAGUCUCGUCGACCUCAACCUCGGCAUCGACGGUGGAUCUUUUCCGGAACGAUCCUCCGUCGGGAUUGUUGAGUUGUUGCCACUUUGGGGAACACUCAAAAUCCUCCAAAGAUCGAUGGGCACCUUGCCUUGGUGCUCGUCGUCUUGAUACCGGGUCGUGGCAAGCCGGAGAACAUCGGCGUCGUUUGUGCCGCUCCUCCGGGACCAGGAGCAUUCCUCGUAAACUCAGAUAAACUUUCAGACUUUUU